UGUCGGGGCUGCUUCAGUUCCGCGUUGGCUGCUGGAGAGGCGCGCGGGGUGGGUGCGCGCGCGGCGCCCGAGCUGGAGGAGGGUGCGGGCGCGAGCCACGGGACGGGCUUUCCUAUGAAGCGGCGUCCUUGGCCAUAGCGGCGCCUCCCGCCCUUCCUCUCCGCUGAGGCGCCACCAUGGGCAGCAGCAGCAGCAGCAGCUGACAGAGCCCUCGCCCAGUCGUGGCCGCCUCCCUCCAGCGCUCCCGAGGCGGGACGAGGCAGCCGCGAAACUUGGCCGCUGCCGACGAGGAGGAAAGUUUGGUCCGCCGCUGGCCGGGGUCGGGAAGCGCGGGCUGGCCCCGCCGCCAGCCGGGAGCGUGGCUGUGGCCGCUGCUGGGCAGAGGUGUGGCCGGGCCUUCCCGCUGCAGCCCCGUGGCCGGCACGGGGACGCUGAGCCAUGCCGGCGGGCAGCCUGUUGCCGCUCUUCAGUAGCCCCGCCGGGCCUGGCUCUUCGGGCGCCUCUCUAGGCGGGGGCGCCCUGGGCGGCGCGGGGCUCAGGAAGGCGCCUGGCCCCAGCGGAGCCUUCCGGCUGACGGAGAAGUUCGUGCUGCUGCUGGUCUUCAGCGCCUUCAUCACGCUGUGUUUCGGGGCCAUCUUCUUCCUGCCGGAUUCCCCCAAGCUGCUCAGCAACGUCUUCUUCCACGCCAGCCACCUCCAGCAACAGCCGUCGCCGCCCGCCCAAGAGGAGCCGCAGCUGCCCGGAGCGAGUAGCAGCAGCUCCGCGGCGGAGAACUUGGCCCGCAUCCGCGAGGACCACGAGCGAGCUCUGCGGGAGGCCAAGGAGACCCUCCAGAAGCCGCCGGGCAAGAUCCGCAGUGACAUCGACCAGGACAAGAGCAACUUUCGCCAGCGGGCUGAGCUGCCGGACCUGCCCUUCCGCAAGCCCGUCGGAGUCGCGGGGAAGGAGCCGGCUGACCCGCUCGCCCGCCAGAAACGAGCCAAGAUCAAAGAGAUGAUGAAACAUGCCUGGGAUAAUUAUAAACAUUACGCAUGGGGAUUAAAUGAACUGAAACCCAUAUCAAAACAAGGACAUUCAAGCAAUUUAUUUGGUAAUAUUCAAGGAGCAACAAUUGUAGAUGCCUUGGAUACACUGUAUAUCAUGGAAAUGAAAGAUGAAUUUAAAGAAGCCAAAGAAUGGGUGGAGAAAAAUCUAGAUUUUGAUGUGGAUGCAGAAGUCUCUGUUUUUGAAGUAAACAUUCGUUUUGUUGGUGGGCUACUUUCAGCGUACUAUCUUUCUGGAGAAGAGGUAUUUCGAAAGAAAGCAGUAGAAUUAGGAAAGAAGUUGCUUCCAGCCUUCAAUACUCCUACAGGAAUUCCUUGGGCAUUGUUGAAUAUCAAAAGUCGCAGAGGUCGAAACUGGCCCUGGGCUUCAGGAGGAAGCAGUAUUUUGGCAGAAUUUGGAACUCUGCAUUUGGAGUUCAUGCAUCUAAGCUACUUAUCUGGAAAUCCAGUAUUUGCUGAAAAGGUGAUGAACAUUCGAAGAGUUUUAAAUCAGCUAGAUAAACCAGAGGGCCUUUAUCCAAACUACUUAAAUCCUAAUAGUGGCCAGUGGGGACAACAUCAUGUCUCAGUUGGAGGGCUUGGAGACAGUUUCUAUGAAUAUUUGCUUAAGGCAUGGCUGAUGUCAGAUAAGACUGAUGAAGAAGGCAAGCAAAUGUAUUAUGAUGCUGUUCAGUCCAUAGAGACCCAUUUGAUCAGGAAAUCCAGCAGUGGUUUGAUGUACAUUGCUGAGUGGAAAGGUGGUCUGCUUGAACACAAAAUGGGCCACCUGACCUGUUUUGCAGGAGGGAUGUUUGUUCUGGGUGCAGAUGGAGCUCCUGCUGAUAAAACUGAACGCCACAUUGAACUUGGUGCUGAAAUUGCCCGAACAUGCCAUGAGUCUUAUGAUCGCACAAGCAUGAAGCUUGGACCAGAAGCCUUUAGAUUUGAUGGCGGAGUUGAGGCAAUUGCUACACGGCAGAAUGAGAAAUACUACAUUUUGCGACCUGAAGUUAUAGAAACCUACAUGUAUAUGUGGAGAUUCACCCAUGACCCAAAAUAUCGGCAAUGGGGUUGGGAAGCUGUGGAGGCAUUGGAGAAAUACUGCAGAUUAGAUGGUGGCUAUAGUGGUGUCAGAGAUGUUUACAGCAGCCAUCAGAGCCAUGAUGAUGUGCAGCAGAGUUUCUUCCUUUCAGAAACACUCAAGUACUUAUACCUGUUAUUCUCUGAAGAUGAUCUUCUUCCAUUUGAACACUGGGUCUUUAACACUGAGGCACACCCUCUACCAGUUCUUUCCAAAGAAGAGGAGGAGAAAGGAAAAAGAAAGUAGAUAAAAGAACCAUGAUUAUGAUGGCACAUUAUAGAUUUAUUAAAAUCUGGGUAAUUUUCUGAGUUUAGAUCCAGUUUUUUGCAGUCUAAUGUUUACCCUAUACUAUUUAUCAGGGGACCUAAGUAUACAUUGAUUAUAAUUAAUCUUAUUUAUGUUCUGAUUGGGAAGGGGGGUAAAGUGAUUUGUCAUCUCUGUAUUUUGUUAGGCUGCAGUAUGCAUCAGACCAAAUAGAAUAUAGAAGUUAAUGUGUUAUUUUUUUCCCAGUUCUAUUUUUGACUGCAAAAUUCUUUCCUCCUCUAUGAGGAGAUGUCUGCUUUAAGCUGUAAUACUUUGCUGUGUUGCAAAAAGCCAUAAAGAAUUAAGUAUGAAGAGCUUUUUUCUUUUAUUCUUUUUUUAAUAUGGUUUGUCCAAUCACUAGAGACAAAUCUCAUAACUGUGACAGCCUCUUCUUAUGCGGGUCUAUCGUUAAUUGGUAAUUUGGAUAUUUAAGAAGGUGUACCGUUCAGGAAAACUACAGAAGAAAUAUUUUCAUCUUGUCUGUGGUCACUGUUGUAUUAAACUGCAGCUUGUAUGAACUUGGCAAAGCCUGAGUUUUGAAACCUACUUCUAAUUUCAAUGUAGAUCAUAACUGUAUACUACCAAGAGACAGAUUUGAUACCCACUUGUUUAGUUCCUGUACUUUUCAUUUCACUAGUAAUCACUAAGCCAAAAUGUUAGAAGCUGACUCCUGAAUUUGCCCUUGAUCUAUAAAUGUUAUGAACCUGCUGUUGCCUCAGUGCAAAUGGAGUUCUGAUGGGUUUGCACCAGAAGUCACGAAUCACUUGCCUGUUAUAUCUUCAAUUCCAUAUUGUGAUAUGGGUUGAUGUGUGAAACCCUUGUGCAUUUGUGCCUUUAUCCUGUUUAGAGAAUGGAGGAGGCUAGUUCCUUAAGACUGUUGCCAUUUCAAACAUUCCAUUUAGCACUAUGAAACACUUGAUAGAUACCAGAAGAAAGAAAAUGCUGUGAAAAUGGGAAGAGCAUAAAAUUUCAAAGGUAGCAUGCUUCAGACAUUCAUGUUCAGCUUUAUUUACUUUUGAGAGACGGAUGCUGAUGUUUUAAAUGCUUUGCUUUGCAUUAAAAAUCUAUUUUCUGUGUCUUUGCUAAUCAAAAUCAUAGUAAUGUUAAAACUAUUUUGAUAGGAAAUCUGUUUGACAGGCUAAUUGAGGUCAAAGUGAGGGAAGGCAUAGAUCCUUUUUCCUAUUCACCAGUAAGAUGCCUUCUAGGAGCAAAGCGGCUUGAAUUAUGUUAGAUAUAUCGUGAUUUACUGUGAUCAGUCAUUUGUAGCAUUAACUUCCCAGAUACAAAGGAGAAUAGAAAUAGAUUUUGUUGCGAAAGGGUAAAAUUUCCAGAAAUAUUGGAAGCAUCAGGGAAAUCAUGCCUUGAGGGAAGGAGAUGUAUUGAAGUAACAUGUGGUUUAGUUACUUCUGAAAUUAAGCUCUGGUUAGUUCUAAAAGACAUGUGUACUUCCUCCAUAAGUUCAUGUUGCUUGCCUCUUAUAAAGAAAGUAGAACAGGUCCAGCUAUUAAUGCUACUUAUUUGUUGCCAUCUUAUUUACAAUAUUAAAUAUGAGGCCUUUAGGUUUGAUUCAGUAUAGGCAAUAUCUUCAUUGAAAGAUUGUUGGAACCAUACAUAAAAUUGUUUAUCACUGAACGAAUUGAUCAUGCACAGUUUGCAUCCAUUUAUGUGCAGAUGAGCAUUUUCACAGUGUGUUACAUUUAAAAAACAGUAGUUUUUUUCAUAUUGUACUCCUCAUACUGCAGUAAUGUCACAGUGUCUUAGAGGCAAUUGUGAAGGUCAUUAGUCAUGAUGUUAUACUGGUACUCUUUAGACAAGAUAGAGCCAGUUGGCCAAAAACAUGAUUUUGCAGUCUGGAACAACGCUCGUGGGCAAUAACUUCCCUUCCCUCGUGGCUUCAUCCAUUUCCUUUUUUGCAUAUCUCCUAACCAAAUUAUAUACUUUAUAUAUGCCCCAAAUAUGAAAUCUAGAAAGCAGUUUCAAGAGAACAGGGAAGAGCAGCACAAGAAGCAUAAUUAGUAUAUAGGAAGCUGUCAACCACAUAUAUCUGGACCAUUGGCUAGAACUCCAGUGGUAUGCGUAAUAAAGGAAUAUUCAGAGUAUGGUGUUGAUAAACAAUAAAUUACAUAUACUGAUCACAAAAAUCAGUAUAAUUACUGUUACUAUCAUUAUAAUUACUAUUAUCAAAAUCAGUAUAAUUACUAUUAGAAUUUUGAAAAUUCAGAUCUUUUUCUAUAUCUAGAAUUGGUGUUAGACGCACAGCAUCUGACUUUGGACUUCUAUUAAUAUUCAUUACUGAUCAGAUUUAGUCAAAUGGUGGGGGAAGCUUCUUAGCUCCUUCAGCUGUUAGGCUGUUGUGUGCAUUUGUUUAAUGUUUUAUUUACACCUACAUUCUUUCACUAAGAAUGAAGAAUGGAUCAUCUCCUAACUGACAGUGCAGUUUUGAAACUCAAAUGUGUGUUGGUAAAAGUAAGCAUAAGGCAAAAAUUACACACGAGUUAACCAUUGUGCAGUGAUAUUAGCUAAGAAGCCUCAAGUACCAUAACAUUAACAUUUUUAGAAAGGAAUGCAAUCUGUAUAACAGGUUUAGUAGAAUGAAACACACACAGCUUAAUGUCCAUUUCUGAAGUACUGCUCUUACAUUCUCUUGGAACUGCCAUUUAUGCUAGAGUUCAUGAUAUCAUGAUUUUGUUUUCUCUUCCCAGCCCUUGCCAUCCCAGAAGCAUGAUAACAUUCCUUCCAGGACUAUCUUAUGGGUCCAUGCAGCAACCUUUCCUUUUUAUGCUUCCGCCCAUCAUCUACACUGAUUAGCAUGAAGUAUUCUGAGCUCUAUGUGGUAUCUUGAAUAAAGUUUGCAACUAUUUUUAUUCAUAAAUCCAAAGCAUUUAACUCUUUUUGUGACUGGGGGACGGGGGCAGAUUCUGUGUAUCCCUGCUAUAGUGGGUACAUUUUCAGCUUGUGUUUAGUGUAUAGAACUACAUGUUCCUGGUUUUGCAUAAAAUCCACAAUCCAAAGGUUAUUUUUGCAUUCACAACAGGCUUUGAGUCUUUUUGAAAGACUGUUCAUAUUGGACUUGAAUAUCCUUUGCAGAAAUGCCAAACUUCCAGCAAGUCAGAGAACGUUCAUGUGUACAGUACUGUCAAAUAUAUGUAUGUAUAUUAUUUGUGACAGUUAAACAUCCUCAGCUCAAGUUGCAAAUGGCUUGCCAGGUAUGUCUGUUAAUAUUUAUAGGGCUUUUAAUAUAUGUGUAAACUGGCUUGUGUGUGUGUGUGUAUACACACGCACACACAGAGAGACAUUUUUUUCACUGCUGUUAUGAUUUGUGCUGCAGGAGGUUAGGAAGGUGAUUGCUUUGAAUGGAAGACCAGUUGUUAAAUUGAUUGGUUUGUUCAGGAGGAAAGACCUUUUUUGCAAAUUGACUACUAAUUUUUUAAGGUCACAGUUACAUGAACUUUGCAUUUCUUGUGUUUGGGGGGCACGUGAAAUUCCUGGACAUGUUGAUUACUUGAAUAAUAAUUGGCAGAUACCAAGAACAAUUCUGUAAAAUAAACAUUUUAAUAAUUCAAGUCAGUUUCAGCGGUCAGUGAACUAAUGUGAGCACAGCACCAUGCAUUCUUUUGCCUUGAGGAAUGCAGAGUAUACUGGUGUGAAAUCAGAUCAGAACAUUCUCUAUUUCAAAUUAUGAGCAGAAGGCCAUUUGAGGGGCAAGGCCACACAUUUUAAAAUAGUCUAGUACUGCAAGCUGGAUGAAGAUGUGUAUCACGUCCAUUAUUUUUAAACUUAGCACUGUCACUAGAAAUUACUAUAUUUGGUGACUGUCACUUCAAAAUGCAUUUUUUUCCAAUCUCAAACAGGGAUAUUCUAUGCCUAAAAGAAACUUGUUCCCAAAAAUGAGCUGACCCUAAAAACAAAGUGAAAUAGUUGAGAUAUGCUUGGCAUUUAGUACUGCCUGAUACAUGGCUCUCACCUCUUCUUUAUUUUGCCAUGCCUCAAUGUGUGCUCCAUCAACACUCACUUUUGACAUUAUGGAGAAAAUUGGCCCAGUGUGAAAAAUGUUUACUGUGCUCUUGUCUUAUAUAUCAAUGAAAAAAUAAGUUUAGAAAUAAAUAGGGAUUGCACUUGCAGGUUUUUGUGAAUUCCUACUUCAACAGGAUAAUCCACAUAUUUCAACAGGAUAGUCCUCAUAUUUCUGUUUAUAGAAUAUUGUGAUCCUGGUAAUUUUUUCAUGGGUGUUAUAGUUUGAUAGAGCACAAAAAAUUAUGGUUCUCCAAAUGCUAUGGUAAUCAGGUUGUAUGUACAAGCUGCACUAUAAUGUACCUUUUUGUAAAGUGAUGUAAGUAGACAAGAAGAUUGUAUAAUCUGUAGACUGCAAAAUAUAAGAGAAACAUAUUUUAUAUGCUCAGAAACAUUCAUGUUGUGUGUCCAACACAAAAACACCAAAGUAUAACUUCAGAAUGAUUACCAUUUCAAAUUUAAGUCUACAAUCCUGACAUUAUUUACAGUGGUUCAUAAGGAUGACCUUUUUAUUAAGAAUAUCCUCAAAACUAAGCUGGAAAUAAUUCUGUUUCCCUAUCAGCUCAAUAGGAGAUAAGCAGGGGGUGACUGAGCUAUUGUUGGCCACUGUAUGUAUAACUUAGAAGUAUAGUUUUUUUAAAGUAUUGGUUCUGAUUUAGACAGUGUCUAAAUUCUUAUUGCUGUCAAGCAUAUAACAGAAUUCAGUUGUUUUAAAUAGAUAAUACAUCCUGAAAAUAAUUUAAAUACAGUGUGUGUUGUAUAACAGCUCUACCACCCCCAAUUACACUUGGUUGAUAUGGUAACCUUUUCAUGCAGUCAUUUUAUGCUUUUUUUAAAAUUUGUGCAUAUCACACUUCGUAUUUUCCACCUUUAUAGAAAUCUCUGGAGUUAUGGGAGAUCAAAAUGCUUAAUUUUUAAGAACUAUAUUUGUUUAAAAAUAUCUCUAUUGUGAAUAAAGCUUUUUAAUAUA